AUGCUACAAGUCCGAGAAGCAUCAGGAUCCAGAGACACCAGCAUCGCCCCAGCAAAAGCCCGCAAAGCCACUGCCAAAGGUGGACGAUCCGGAGCUUCAAACGCUGCUAAACUCGCCAGAGUUCGUGCAGUAUCUGAAAGAGCCCGUGAUACAGCUCAACAUACGAAUCAUCAACGAGAUCCUCAGCGAUGUGUCGAUAACACAGGAAUACAAUACAGAGGGACGGACAGAGGUAGCCAUACGCAAGAUCAGCAAUCUACGCUAUAA